AUUCUUUCCCUAAAAAAUGGUGUCUUCAGUGGCUGUUUACCUUGCUAGUCAAGGAGUGAUAGAAAUUCCUACAAGAUAUGCCUGUUCGGUUUUUCACCAGGUCAAAGUAGGAAGAUGAGAAAAAAGAUUUGACUGCUAAGUUUGUCAGUACCUUUGAUUUUAAUUGAGAUCUCUUCCUAUUCUGUAUAAAUCCUAACAUUGGCCAUAGUCCAAAAAAGUGCUUAAGCGUGUAUGUAGCUUUAAGCACAUGACCAGCCUCAUUGAAGUCAGUGUGGUUACUUAUGUGCUUAAGUGCUUUGCUGGAUCAGAGAAAUUGUGAAAGGAGUAUUGGCUUGAAAAGAAUACUUUGCAGGUGUAUCUUAAAAAUAUACAGGUUAAGGAAAUCUGGUCAUCCUGUUCUUUGCGGUCCUCUUAUUGGCUCAAAGAUAAUUCUAGGGAAGGCUGUAUCUGUAACCUUUGGUUGGGGUCAGAAUAUAUUCUCCAAGGGCAGUCUACUUCCUCAGUAGAGACCAGACACUCCCAACAAGAAUGUUAGAGGACAACUGUGUGGACGUAUUCUCUUGCAGCUUUUGGAGAUGGCAGCGGCAGUUUUCACACAUGGGUAGUCCAGCAGUUCUUUGGGAAAUGCUCUGAUAAUCCCAUAGUCUGAGUCUAUCAGAGUAUGAAAAAGGAGGAUAACUUUUUGUUGUUGUUGAUUAAGUGUCUGAAUAUUCUUGUCCUGUUCGUUCCCUUUGGCAUUUCAUCUUGUUAUUGAGUAAUGCUGGUAGUUACUGCUAGACUACUAUUCAUGCCGUGGUAGACAGCAGGACUGUUAUGUUUCAAAAAAGGAGAUUUGUUCCUGUCUGCCCUACCUUAUAAAGGAGUACUUGAAAACAAUCCUUCUGCAAAAAUACUCACCUAAAUAAAUCCUAAGUAGAGCACAGAACUUCUCUUUUUGGAUAUAACAGUAAAUAUGACUACUUCCAAAGACCUUUUAGCUCCAGUAAAUUUUUUGAAUACUGAAGGGUAAGGGUUUUCUAUUGAUAAUCAUGUAACUCAUUAACAUUGUGAGUUGAAUAUGUUUAUCUAUAUUUUCUGUUGGAUGAUAUAGUUGUCAAAUUACCCUUUUUUAGCAGCAAUUCAUCUUCCUCCCAUAUAUGUUGAAUUACUCAUACAUAGCCACCUUAAUAUACCCAUAUCACAUUAUAGGAUUUGCAGUCUUAUGUUUUGAUUUGUCAAGCUCUUGACAGGGUAUAAGAAAAAAAUAGCCAUUAAGAGAUCUGUUUUUCCAUUUAAAGCAAAGUUGGCCAUAUUCUGUGGCAAGAAAUUCCAAUUGAUCCCUGAGUAAAUAACUGUGACGGAAGGGACUCAUCUGUUAGCUGUUACCCUGUUGAUGUCUUAUCCUACAGACUCAGGCUGCUAUCAAUAUAUUCCUUAAAAUCUCCUUUUCUGAUCAUCCAUCUCCCUUUUUAUUUUUCCUUUUCUUUUAAAGGGUUGUUUCUUUUCACUCCCUCUUUAUUUUGCUAGUGUUUCCUUUUUGUCUGUGUCUGUCUGUCUUGGGGAAGGGUCUGGUGAAAUUCCCAAGGAAGUAUAUAGGAUUGUCCUUCCACUGGCUCCAGACCAUUGAUGUUUCUCCUUCAGUUGACUUGGGGUGCUAUCCAGCAAGUGAUGGAAGCCACAUCCUUGUGCUUAUCCCUGUCUCUUGUCUAGGGCUGAGCAUGCUGCUACUCCCCAUCAACAAUAAAGGCUCAUACAAUACUGCCCGAGCCUGUGGUACUCCUUUUCCCUGGCUAAGUAAGAAUAGAAUAGCAUUGUAUAUGAUCAGAACUGUCAAUCUUAUUUUGCUACUUAUGCUAUUUCUUGUGCUAGGGAAGGACUUUGAGAACAGUAGCAUAGGUGAGACUGGCUCAGUGGAUUUUUUAAGUGUGUUUGGGAUGGUGAAAAGAAGUCACAUGACUUUUCACCAGAUUAAAACCGUGAUGUAUGUGCAGCUCUUACAAGUGAAAUGUUAGCUACAUAGAAGUCUGAGACUGAUUUUAUUUGUUCUACAUGUAAUAUGUAUGUUUUCUUUUUAACCAAGUCAAGCAUACUGCAUUUUGGCACGGGGGAGGAGGAAAGGGGGGGUUAUUAUGAGAAAUAGCCAUAGUGAAAUUUCAUAGAAUUGUUUUUCCUUCCCUGUUCUACUCUUCAUGCACACACUGCUAUGCCCUAUUUUAUCCUUUUUAAUAUCUCAUCUCAGAAAUGGGGUCCAUUGAUAUUCAUUUGACAAGCUCGUUCUGACACACUUUGGAGAUGUUUAAGUGGUCAGUGAGAGGGCAUAAAUACCCCUUCCCCCAAGACUUAUUUUUUGCCCUUACCUCAGUCUCUUCCCCACCCCAGGAAAUUUGAAAGAGCAUUUUUUAAAUAUCCUGCAAAAGAUUCAAUAGGAUAGUUUAAGUACUCUGAAAGCUUGUUUUAAAGCCUUAUCUGUACUGGAGAAAAUAACAUGGAUUAUUGGAAAGGCAACAGUCAGUGUAGCUUAUCUGAAAUUUGUAAGGAUAAACCCCAUGGUUCAACUAGUUAGUUGUGUAUCAAUGUAGACUCAACACAUUGGUACAGUUGGUGCCCUGUUAACUGAUACCUAUCGGAGAUUACAAUACCCUCAGCUCGUGAGUGGUCUUCAGUUUGUUGAUUGUGAGUUUUCUCUCUCUGCCCUUGGUGGGGCCCCCUCCCCGCCUCUGGUUUCCUCUCUUCCCAGAAGAGCCCCUCUGUAUCCUUUAGAAAUACUUCUGGCUCUGCAUGUCCUCAUCUGGUGAAGCACCUGUAGAUCAGUAGCUGAAACUGUACUCUCUAGCUUGUCCACUCACCUCCAAUAAUGUCCCCUGCUCUGACUGUGGCACUGCUUGUUUGUGGUUCAUCAGAGUGAGAAUGUCAGCCAUAAUGUGGGCCUGCCAAAGGGAGAGUGGAGUUGGUCAAGGUGCUCUGUUAGCUUUGGAGUGUUAGGGAGAAUUUGGUACCUAAGGUAUUGUAAGGAGCGCAGCUACUAGUUGUGCUCUUCUUGCUGUCUCUUGAGCUGGAGAAUCAUCUCUGGAUUGCUGUCUGAAGCAUUCACUCUGACAAACUACCUGUAGUUUGUUAGAGCAAGAGGAUUGACUGGUGAACCAUUAGUGACUCACUGAGUAGCAGAUAGAGGGGAAGGCAUUAGUGUAGGUGUUCUGUCCAAUGGUGGCAGUGGGAUGGGAGGUUAAUGGUGUUUAAGAAAUACAGCCUUAACUGGUGGUUUGUCACAGUUUGAGGACCUUCAGAACAGGAGGGAGGGCAUGGCUCAGUGGCAUUUCUAUGGAGCAGGAUUUACUGAAAGGGUGAAGACAGUGGAGAGGGGACUCUUAGUUGGCAAGUAAGGAUAUGUGCUGGCUUAGGCGGCAGUCAAAGAUAACUGUCCACAUCUUUAUUUUAGGGCAGCCUUUAUGUGAAUUCAAAUCAACACAGGUGGUUUUUGAUCUGCAAGGCCACAUUCAUUUAGGAUUUGGCAUGAUGAAUGUGGAUGCAAGGGCAAAACUUAAACCAAUUAGGGAGGCGAGUGUGGACUCAAGUGUUGGUAUUUCCAUCUGUGCUGUAUAACCAGUUGAAGAGCAAUAACUGAUUGCUCUAGUGUAGACAAGCCCUUAUUUUUCGUGUGCUUUUUAACAUUUGUAUGACCUGGUGGCUGCAUAGAAAAUUGAAAUAAUCCUAGGAGAUUUUUUCCCCCCAUUCAUUAAAGAUUAUGUGCUAAGGAAAAAAUCUUACUUCCCGGGACCGGGGUUAUAUUGUAGGACAACACAUAAUAUAUGAGGCUUGUGGAUUAUAUCUAUCCUAUAAAAUGCUUGUGUACGAAACCAUCAGGUCUGCUCUGUUUUCAUUGUAGAUGAUAAAACUUUAAAGAUGCCAUAUUGGUUUUGGGGGCGGGGGGGAAGAGAGUUUGGGGAAAGAAGGUAGGAAUGGUGAGGUCUCUGGAAAAAAAUCCUUCCCAGCAGAAGACUUCAUCCCAUAUUAUGUAACUCACCAGGGGUUGGAAACCUGUUCUAGUUCAGCAAAAGACCACAAGUAGGGGGAAAUAUUUUCUUAACUGCUUUGCUUUCCUUAAACUAUCUCAUAAAGCCAUUAUACAGAUUCCUUUAAUACUUUCUUUGAAGUUCUGUGUGAGUAAUGUUCUCUGUUAUAUCAGAAAACUGUGAAUGCCUGGCAUUGACGUACAGUAUGCAACUGCUGAUAGAUAAUAGUUGUCUCCUCAGCUGCAGUCCAUAUCACCAAUUGUUACAAAUUUGAAGAGGUUUGAAACUUGUAAGGACCUGUGCUCUCACUGCAACUUGAAAAUUGGAACAGUUGAACUAUCCUGUGAGUUUAAACUGUUCUAGAGCAAGGGAUUGGACUAGAUGACCUCCUGAGGUCUCUUCCAACCCUGAUAUUCUGUGGGUCUAUGAAAUAAUUUUAAAACAAAACAAAUGGAUUAUAGUUUGACCUGUAUGAAAUGAGGUGGUGUUUCCUUUCAAAUAUUUGGCAGAUACAUUCAGGUCAAUAUGGCAUUAAUUGGAAUCCAUGUUGGCAAUGUCAGCAGAGUUUUAAGUUUGAAUGGACAGGGAUACUGAACUAUAACCUCUUAUACUAGAGGUGUCAAAUAUAUAGUCUGUGGGCCACACUCUUCCCUUUUUAAUUUGAUUGAUAUGUCAAUGACACUUCUGCAAUUAACUUUAAUCGCUGAUCACUUUUAUUGAGGAAGGCAGUGGGAAUGAUUGCUGUAGGUAUUGGGAAUUGCUGCAGGGAAUAAAGUGUAGAGGAAAGAAUAGAAGAAAAGAAAAGAAGAGGCAGGAAUAGUUGUGGGCCUGAAAGGGAGCAUGUUUUCUGUGUGAGCUCUGGAUGUGAGAAUAAGGCAUGGAAUAGAAUAAAGAUACAUAAAGCCACCACCUUCUUGUGAUCUCUAUGGAAACCUCCCAUAGACAUCAGAGGGCAUUCUGAAUAGUUAGCAGUCUGAAUGUAGCUCUCCCUUCUUUCUCUUGAAUUCUUGUUGAGGUACAUUGGGGAAGCUUGCUCAGGUUACAUGUUAUGAGGCUCAGUAGAGGAUUUUAACUUCUAUUAAUCGUGUCAUUUUAGUUCUUGUGAAAAAGUAAGAAAAGGGAAACUCUCCUCUUAAAGAAGGAAAGGCACUAAAGAAACUGACCAUGUUAAUUGCAGCAUGAGAGAUGGAUUUGGAAACAGGCCAUAAGAUUAGAAAAGGAAGAAAUACAAUUAGUAAAACAGAAUGAGAGAGACUGUUUACAACAGGUAGUAAAAGAUAUAGUAAAAACCAGAACAGAAUGUAACAAAAGGAAAUAAAAGAACUUGAAAGGUGGGGGAAAGCUUGCUAAAAUUUAUUUGUGUAUAUUUAAUACUUCUCCAUAUCUAAACAUUUACAAUUACUUAAAGCAAAUUUAAGCCACAUAUGGCUAAGCUCCCUGGAAAAAAAUAUUUUUUGGGGGGAGGUCCUAUCCUGCUCUGUUUGCUUCUUUUCCUGGUUAUUUCUCGUGUGUGUGUUCAUACAAGUAAAAAUGGCCCUUCUUGGGUUGCUUUGUACUAUAAUACACAUUUUAUUUUAAAUAUGGCUUUAAUACUCCAGGGAAAUAGAAUAGCAAUAAGGAAGAAAAGAUAAUUUAGAGAAUCAUUAACUUUAGAUUUAGUUUGGGCCCUGUAUAUCUCUGUGCAUAGAAUUUUUUUUUUUUUUUUGGACUGGGAAAGCUCUGCUUUAACCUUCUGUUGAACUAAAAAUGGCUUAAUAAAAGCUUAUUACAAGACUAGCAUUUUAGGUAUUUAAUAUCAAAGUGCACAUUUAAUAUUAGGAAAAAUCUAUAUUUUAUAUCAGGACAUCUUAAUAUAUUUGUGCAAAUUAAGUUUUUAGUACAUGUUUGUAUCUUGUAGAAAUUCUAAAAAAUAAGGAUAAUUCUAUAAUUUGAAAGGGGAGGAGGGCAGCUUUGAAACAUUUAGAGAAAAUCAGUAAACUCAUUGUCAGAACCUAGAAAUAAUACAAUUUUAAAGAUUUAAAAAAAAAUGUUUUUAUAAAAUAGUUACUUGCACUUUACCUGCUGGCUUUUCAAUUUUGGUAGAUAACAUUCUGAACUCCAGCAGAGUUUUAUAAUCCCUAGUGCUUAAAUAUACUAAAUGUUCUUUUUCCAUUAAGGUUAAUGUUCGUGAAGAAAUUGAAGAGUUUUUUCCAAGAUUGUGGAAGAUAAAUCAAGAUAAAAGAAGGCUAAUGAAAAAUAUUAAAGAUCAGAAAAUUAAAAUUGAAUGGGGGAAAAAAUUGAACAGAAGAUUGGUCAGAUAGAAGCACUUGAAUGUUUUUUUAAGGCUAUAAUGAAUUGUUUGAAUUGGGGAAGAAUACACGAAGUAUGAAAAAUGAAAAACUCAAUGAAGAAUGAAGAAAAGUAGAAAGCAAGAGUGAAGUAGAAUUAAAAGAAUCUGGAAGAAUGAAUGGGUCCUAGGUUAAGUAAAUGAGUCUCGCUCCCAGUCAAAAUCUCCAGCUGGGAGUCCUGCUCGUGUAAAAUCGGAGAGCAGGUCAGGAUCUCGUAGUCCAUCGAGGGCUUCCAAACAUUCUGAAUCGCACUCCCGGUCAAGGUCAAAAUCCAGGAGACGAUCUCGAAGCAGAUCGUACACACCCGAAUAUCGUCGCCGAAGGAGCCGCAGUCAUUCUCCAAUGUCUAACCGAAGAAGGCACACUGGCAGCAGAGCUAAUCCAGAUCCUAACACAUGCCUUGGAGUGUUUGGCCUCAGUUUGUAUACCACUGAGCGAGACUUGCGUGAAGUCUUUUCCCGUUACGGACCUUUGAGUGGCGUCAAUGUGGUUUAUGAUCAGCGGACUGGACGAUCAAGAGGAUUCGCUUUUGUUUAUUUUGAGAGAAUAGACGAUUCUAAAGAGGCGAUGGAACAUGCAAAUGGCAUGGAACUGGACGGCAGGAGGAUCCGCGUGGAUUACUCCAUCACCAAGAGAGCGCAUACCCCCACCCCGGGCAUCUACAUGGGCAGGCCAACCCACAGUGGCGGUGGUGGUGGUGGAGGAGGAGGAGGAGGAGGAGCAGGUCGUCGUCGUGAUUCCUAUUAUGAUAGGGGAUAUGACAGAGGAUAUGACAGAUAUGAAGAAUAUGACUACCGGUACAGGAGACGAUCACCUUCACCUUAUUAUAGCCGAUAUCGAUCACGGUCAAGAUCCCGCUCCUAUAGCCCAAGACGCUACUGAAGAACGGAAGAAUUACAGUUGUGGACCUGAUUUUUAAAUAAAAUUCUGCCCUUAGUUUCCCUUUGGUCUCCCCCCACCUUUCCCCUCAAAUCUCUCUUAUAAGACCUUUGGUUCAUUUAGAAGAUACAUAUUUUCAGUUGAAAUAUUGCUGUUUUCCACCCCCUUUUAUUGUAAUACUCUUAAAAUCGUAAUUGUUGUAGUUUUGUGUAGUUAAACAUCUUAAGCAAAACUAAAUAGAAAUCCCAAAGUGUUGUUACAUUUUGUAAGUCAUUCUGUUUUUGUUUUUAAAACAAUUGUACUCCUGGCUAAUCUAAUGAGGAGAAGAGAGCAUUGAUGUUUUUUAAAGCUUGCAUGUUGUGUGUAAUAUACACACUCAGCUACUUUAAUAUAAACCUGUGUUUCCAAAAAAAACUUGUUAAUCUUUCUGUUAAUGCUUGGUUGUUAAUUUUGAAACAUAAGCAACAUCUCUGAACCUUUUCUGUAAUGGCAAAUUUCACUAGAUAGUCAUGAACCUGAUGGGUUUUUUUGGUUAAAUUGCUUUGAGUGUAGAAAUAUUAGAGCUAUAGCAAAUUUUCAUAUUUGGUUUAACUUCUUUGGAAAAACAGAUUCUUAUACACUGAAGAUCAAGAUUGUGUUUUAUAGAUGAAAAGUUUCUAGACUGCUACACAAUGGAUAACAUUUGAAGUUAAAACCAUACAAAUCUAACUGAUUUUUUUUAAUUGAACUCAAAGUAGUGUUUCCCCUUAAUCAGUGCAGGAGAAAAAAUAUUUAUUGAACAUAGCAAUUAGUUAUAUAAUUUGCUGUUCAUACAAACUCAUGUUGAUAUUGCAAUGAUGGUUAAGGAAGUUCUAGUUUCCAGUCCUUUUGAAGUUGCUGGUAUGGAUAGAAAAAUUACAGUUACAUAUAAACCUCUUCUUCCUCAAAAUAAAGUUAAUUACACUGAAA